GCAGACCGUCUGAAACUUAUUUGUUAUAAUUAUCGAAAUUUCCACAUUUCAGUAGAGAAGACUGCUUAGAACACAAGCUUAACAAUGGCAAGCUCUGCCCAAGAUGGUCGCUAUUCUUUUAUUUGUGAGUGGUACGACAACAAUGCAGCAAUCAUCAGACGAUAUCAGUUCCUCUUCUACCCUAAUGAUAACACCAUUGAAAUGUAUGACCUAAAGAAUAGACGUCAGUUCUUGAAGAGAUCACAGUGCAAUUCAGUCCAUCUAAAAGACCUCUAUGUUGGUAGUAUUGUUAACGUUCACUCACGUCAGCUGACCCUGGUUGAGUAUGCUGAUGAUUUCACGAAGAGAGCGCUUACAAAUGUCAAACAGAAGACAUUAGGGCUGAUCAAACCUGAUGCCAUUUCAAAAUUUGGUCCCAUUAUUGAUAUGACAUACAAGCAAGGAUUCGUGGUGACCAAUGCCAAGAUGACCAGGCUGACCAGAGGUCAAGCUGAGGAGUUCUAUAGAGAGCAUGCGGGAAAACCAUUCUAUAACAACCUUGUGAGUUUCAUGAGCAGUGGUCCAAUCGUUGCUAUGGAGCUGAUCACCAAUAAUGGUAUAGGAGAAUGGCGCACUCUUCUUGGACCAACGGAUAGUGCCACAGCCCGCAGUGAUGCCCCCGGUAGCAUCAGAGCUAAGUUUGGUACAGACAACACCCGCAAUGCAUGCCACGGUUCAGAUUCCAAGGAAUCCGCAGACAGGGAAAUCUCCUUCUUCUUUGGACAGCCGGCAGCGUUUCCAAACAACGCCUUACUUCGGGAUUGCACAUGCUGCAUCAUUAAACCAUCGGCAAUCAAAGAAGGAUUAGCCGGUCAGAUCAUGACAGCUAUAUGUAAUGAAGGAUUUGAAGUGACUGCCAUGGAGAUGUUCCACAUGGAGAAAGCCAACUCGGAAGAAUUCUUUGAGGUGUAUAAGGGUGUCGUUACUGAGUACAUGGAAAUGGUGGAUGAGCUAACCUCCGGGGCUUGUUAUGUCUUGGAGAUUAGUUCCCCCAGCGGGAAGUUCGACAACGUUGCCAAGGCUUUCCGUGAGUUUGUUGGACCGGCAGAUCCGGAGAUAGCUCGUACACUACGACCCCGCACCCUUCGAGCCAGGUUUGGAGUUAACAAGGUCAAUAACGCCGUUCACUGCACCGAUCUCCCAGAAGAUGCGCUCCUGGAGACAGAGUACUUCUUCAGAAUCUUGUCACAAUAAAUUAUCUGAGUGCCUUGAGUCAUUGAGGGUGUUUCUGUCACCUUUUGUAUUUUUACAGUUAUACAUGAUUUUAAGAAUGACUAGAAUAUGAAAUGCCACAUAUGAGCCUAAAGGCAUUCUUAAUGUUAAAAAAGUAUAUCUGUAUUUCAAAUAUAUUCUUGUGAAGCUAUUGCAGCCAACGUACUUUGCUUCAAAAAUGUGUGUUAACAAUCAACAAAUGUAAUCAUCAUGGCUUAUUUGACAUAUGCUGGUACUGUAUAAAAAAAAUCAAUUGGUUUUCCAGAUUUAGUUGCUUUUAAAGUCAUGCAUAACUUUACAAACUGCUUUGUGAAACUCGCGACGUGUCAUUUUUAUUACCUGUACCAAAUGACUGGAAUUCUGUAGUCUGGUUUAAUUGUUAUUCUGGACUACAGUUGUUGUUUAACUAUGGAUAGCCAAUUAUGACCGAAAUCUCUUUCAGGAGAGGUUCAAUGUAGCAGCUCAUUUUAACAAGAAAUGAUUCUUAAUCCUAUAGGAAGGAUAAAAAAAGAUGUUUUUCUUCACUGUUAAAGAAUUAGGAAAGAGAACAGUUACAUAAAGAAAUCUACAUUGUAAACAAAUUGCUGACAUUUUUGGCUUCCCAUAACUCCAGCACAGAGUUAGACAGACCAUGGUCUAAGUUUAGCCCGACUUCAGAAUACAGGUCAAUGUGUUUAUGUAUAGUGUGGGUGAAUCGAACGACUGAAUAACACAGAGUUGCUACUGGGAUAAUAUACAACUUGUAUUGCCUUGUUAAGACCUCUUUAGCUUUAUAGCAAUUAGAGUAAUGUGUUCUGAUUUCAAAUCUAACACAGACCAAGGUUAUGUUAACGGAAAAGUACCCAUUUCAUGAUAGCAAGUGGAUAACAGACGAAGUGGAUAUUAAACCUAGGGAUUUUUUUUUGAAGAAAUGUACCCCUUUCAUAAAACAUACCUCAUUGAAAUCAAAUGAAAUGAUGAAUGGGCUAACUGGCAGUUGGACCAAAUGGCUGGUAAAUAAAUGGCUGUAGAUGAGGUAGGAUUCGACCUUGUGGGAUAAGGCCACACAUGCGGCCGUCAGAUGGAAAAACGGUCUGAUCUCGAAAAUCGCUUUUCUGAGAAAAAUAAGUUUGAAGUUUAGAGGUUUGAGCUUUUUUAUGAGACGGAAAUAAUGCAUUUUUAGCAAUGGGAAAAGAAGAAGCACAAUAAACACUAAUAACCGAAGAAUUUUUAGCUUAUAUCGGGUUUUAUUUAUGAAAUAAAUGAGAUUUUUGUGGAGAUAGACUGUUUAACCACAGCACACGUAUACACUCAUACUGCACAUCAUAAGAUGGUAAAAUGACCUUUUACCAUUUUUUCCCAAUGCGGAACAUUCUUCAGCGAUUUUCGAGAUAGACCGUUUAACCAUCUGACGGCCGCUGUGAUGUGGCGGUAAACUGGUCUAACUCGAAGAUAGACCAUCUGACAGUGAUGAUUAAAAAAUCUCAAAUAAGACGGUUAAAAGGUUUAUGUUAAAGAUAGCUCGUUUUACCUCCAAACAAUAUUACCGACAAUGGGCUAACUCAAAGAUAGACCAUUUUACCAUCAGAUCUGAACGAUAAAUACAAGAAACUACCAAGAUAGUGGAAAUUAUUUCUAAAUCAAGACAUGAUCGGAUUUUCUCGAUAGAACCAUUAGAAAGAGCGCCCUCACAUUACCAGGAAAGUAAAUUUAUCGCAAAAAGUCAAAUUUUCGAGUUAAACUGUUUUACCAUCUGAUGGCCGCAUGGGUCUAGACUCGAGACAAAGCAAGCGUAAAACGAGAGGCAAUUUAACCCAUCACAUUAAUCAGAUGAACCUCUUCAGUGCUUUUGUAUUGUGGGUAAUACCUCACUCCCAACAUUGUGCGAUACGUUGCUAAAGCCAAGAUUGGCUUAUUCGCAGCUGAUCGCAAUAAAAAUGAACCGUCCAAAUUUUUUUUCUUCUAUCAAUAUGAUCAUCACGACUGAUCUGAUACUAUCACUACGAUUUCUCCACAAUUAAGAACGCAGUUUAAAUCGUGAUGCAAAUCAUGACAGUGGAUACAUACGAGGUACAGGGUGUAUUUGAGUUCCUGACCCUUCACUGCAAUUUGUUAGUAAGUCAGUUAAUUAAGGCCAUUGCAAGUGCCUCUAGUUGUCUCUUAAA